CUUGAUGGGUAUAAUGAGGAAUUACAUUUGGCCUUCGAAUAUAGUGGUAAUCAACAUUACCAAAUCGUGCCUUUUUUUCAUCCACAAGGACAAAUGAAUCUAGAUGCGCAAAUUUGGCAUGAUUGGAAAAAAAGAGCAUUCUGUUAUAGAGAAGGA